UUCCAGUUUCCUGAAUUUAAUAAACAAACGUUGUCGUUCUGUUUUUCCAUUUCUCUCCUUCAUCCCCACUUGCCAUGAAUGCGCCAAGUAUAUAUUCCAUCCACACGACACAGCAUAACACAAUCAUUUUCAUCAAUGGCGAACUCAACAAAUUUUUGUGCCUUGCUUCUUGCUCUUAUCUUAUACCUUUCUUCUUUUACAUGGGCUGCCAUUGAUGUUUCAGUCUAUGAAUCCUUCCUUCAAUGUCUGCAAAACAAUACAAACCCACAAGACCACAUCUCAGACUUUGUCUAUUCCCAGACAAACGCAUCUUACACUUCAGUUCUUCAAGCCUACAUUCGAAACGCUCGAUUGAUUAACUCCACUACCCCAAAACCAAAACCUUUAAUCAUUUUAGCCCCUACACAGAUUUCCCAUGUCCAAGCCUCUGUUAUCUGCUCCAAAAAGGUUGGUUACCAACUCAAAAUCCGCAGUGGCGGCCAUGAUUAUGAAGGGAUUUCUUAUAGCUCUGACGAUCCCUUUUUCCUUCUUGAUAUGUUUAAUCUUCGAUCUGUUGAUGUAGAUGUUAAAAAUGAGUCUGCUUGGGUUCAAACUGGUGCUACUCUUGGGGAAGUUUAUUAUAGAAUCUGGGAGAAAAGCAAAGCUCAUGGAUUCCCAGCUGGGAUUUGUCCAACUGUUGGUGUCGGUGGGCAUUUUAGUGGGGGUGGUUAUGGGAACAUGUUGAGGAAAUUUGGUUUGGCAGUGGAUAACGUGCUUGAUGCUCAAAUAGUUGAUGCUAAUGGCAAGCUUUUGGAUAGAAAAGCAAUGGGUGAGGAUCUGUUUUGGGCUAUUCGUGGGGGUGGAGGAGCAAGUUUUGGUGUUAUAAUCUCUUACAAGAUCAAGCUUGUUCUUGUUCCUGAGAUUGUUACUGUUUUCAAGGUUGAAAGAUUUAUUGAAGAUAAUGCUACUGAUGUUGCUUAUAAGUGGCAACUUGUUGCUCCGAAAACAGAUAAAAAUCUCUUCAUGAGGAUGCUUUUGCAGCCUGUAACCUCCAAGACAAAGAAAAAGCAGAAGACCAUUAGAGUAUCUGUUUAUGCUUUGUAUUUAGGAGAAGCUGAUACUCUUGUGUCUUUAUUGGGCAAAGAAUUCCCUGAAUUGGGGUUGAAAAAGGAGAAUUGUAACGAGACGAGUUGGAUUCGGUCUGUUGUCUGGUGGGCUAACUCCGAUCAUGUAACAUCCCCCAAAGAUCUACUUGAUAGAAAUCUUAACUCGGCCAAAUUCUUGAAGAGGAAAUCAGAUUAUGUGCAGACACCAAUAUCCAAAGAUGGGUUGAAAUGGAUUUGGCAAAGGAUGAUUGAAUUGGGAAAGACUGGAUUAGUUUUCAAUCCUUAUGGUGGAAGAAUGGAUGAAAUUUCUUCCUCAGAUGCUCCAUUUCCACAUCGGGCUGGGAAUUUAUUCAAGAUCCAGUAUUCAGUGAAUUGGGAACAAGCAGGAAGCAAAGCAGAGAACGAAUACUUAACUCAAAUAAGGAAGCUUUACAGCUAUAUGACCCCAUUUGUGUCCAAAAAUCCAAGAAGUGCAUUCUUGAACUACAGAGAUCUUGACAUUGGUGUGAUGGAAGCUGGUAAAAACAGCUAUGAAGAGGGUAGCGUUUAUGGGAUCAAGUACUUCAAAGGAAACUUUGAUAGAUUGGUGAAAGUGAAGACUGUAAUUGAUCCGGAGAAUUUCUUCAGGAAUGAACAGAGCAUCCCUACUCUUUCAAGAGGGUACUCAGGCGUAGAUGUGGGCAGAGAUUCAAGGUCCAUCGUCAAGCUAAUAAUAGGUGUAAUAAUAUAUUUACUCAGCUUUUAGUGAAGGAUUUCAUUCAUAGCCAUAAAUCUUUUUGUCCUGUAAAGGACGCUCCAGAAUGCUUAUACGGAAAGCUGGACUUUCUCAUUUGUAAUUUAUACGGGAAGAAGGAAGGAAUUUUGGAUCUUAUAC